AUGUUAGAAGGGUCCUUAACUAAGAAAUCAUCACCUGCGUCUUCACCUUCAAAUCUUGCAGGAAGAAAAGCUGCGAAAUCUCUUCGAUUAUUCAGAUCAUCGGAGGCAUCACGCAGGGAGCACAGCCAUGAUAACCCUCGUCCUGAAUUAUCAACAUCGGUUGAUCUUCAUUCAAUGAAAUCUUUACUUUCUGAGCCUCAAGGAACACCAAAAAAAUUGUAUGUGCAUAAUCAAGAGCAGCUUGCACCAGCAUGGAAAUCAUCACAAGUGCGACACAAUUCUGUUGCUAUAGCAUCUGUUUCGGCGAGAAAAACUGGCUCCGAGAAUCUUUGCAAGCGAAGAUCGGUCGACCUCACUUUGUCUGACCCUGAUGGUGAGACUGUUUCAUCUGCUAUUUAUUUCCCGCAUACCCCAUCUAAAAAUCAUGAUGAUCUAAAUCCCGAACACCUCACGGCUGCCGCUGAAUUCGACCACAACGGAGAUGACAUAAAUGAAAUAGAAGAGAUAGAGGAGGCAAUGGAAAAGCAAAGUGGAUCAGAACGGCAUGAUGAAACGCCAGAAAAAACACCGAUCAACUCAAGAAGUCCAUUACAGGUAUCGCAGAAUGAGGAAUUUGGGUCCGGAGAGGAGCACGUGCAAGAAAGAAGAGAUAACUCUACAAAACAGGAUGGAUCAAGUAUGAAAACAGAAGACAAAAGUAGCGCUAGAGAUGGAAUUGAGGUUGGAAACGAGCUCAAAGACAAUGUACAAUAUCCGUUAGCUGUUGAACUACAACCAUUCGAAAACAAGGUGGGUGGGCAUACGGCAAUUUUUAAGUUUAGCCACCGUGCAGUCUGUAAGGCUCUUGUCAAUAGGGAAAACAGAUGGUAUGAAAAUAUCGAAAAAGAGCAUCCGGAGCUGCUUAAAUUUAUGCCAAAGUACAUUGGUGUUCUGAAUGUUCGAUAUAGCACUUUUGUGAAUGAUGGCGAAGAAGAUAAUCCUAAAGAAAAAUCAACACAGACAGAUAUAGGCCUUCCUGAACCGUCAUCGGGCAGAGAAACCGAUAAAUUGCAUUCAAGCAUAAUGAAGCCAUCACUAUCGACAGGAAAUGUCAAAGAAAUGAGGAAGCAGGUGGAAGAGGCACAAAGGAAAGCAAUAUCAUUAGGAAGAAUGCCAAAAGCCGGCCCAGGUGAAAAGCUUAUUCCUGAAGUCGUUUUAGAAGAUAACAGACACAUAUUUCCAGAUUCUCUGUGGCCAAAGUAUUCACCAGCAGGAAUUAGGGUUCCUAGAUCAGAUCCAUUAAGAUCGAAGAAUGCUGAUAGCAUUGGCUCAACUACAGUAAACAGAAAACUUCAGGAGCUUGUUUUGACAGAAGUUUUUGCUCCAAUAAAGAGAUAUGUUCACAAAAAUAGGGUAAAGACACUUCCAGGAAGAAAGCAUGCGAUGUCUUCUGAAAAGGGAGCCAUAGUUGACAAUUUGAGCUCUCCAUUACGUCGCUUCCAUAGAUAUUCAACCAAUAGCAUAAGCAGCACUCAGCUUCGAGCAUUACCAAUUAUUAAGAACGCAAGUGGCAAAACGCCGGACACAGAGAAAGUAACGAGAAAGUUGAUUGAACGACCACAGAGCAUUCAGGGCAAAAAUAUGAAGUUGGGUAAAAGUGAAGGGGAUGUAGAUGCUGCGGAAAAUAAAGGGACAUCACCCGAAAUGGAACCUUCGUCAGUGCAUUCGGAUGACAUCAAAUUUGUAAGUGUUGACGGAGAUGAUGUAUUUCCGGAUCGGGACACGAUUGUUUCUAGCAUAAGAGGAAUGCGUGCGGCCAGUAAUGAUAAGAAAUCAAGUAAUGAGGACGAGCAGGCUGUGUCUGAAGACAAUGCAGAAAGUGAUGGCGAGAUAUUUAUGAUGGAAGAUGAGAAGAAAGUACACGGAAAGAAAGCCGGGGAAGGAAAUGAGCCAAUAGGCUUGGAACCAUCAAAACUGAUGAAACAAAGCCAUAAAUUACGCAAGCACACAGCAUUUGAGCGGUUUAUACUGCUAGAGGAUUUGACAAGUGGAAUGGAAUGUCCAUGUGUUCUAGACUUGAAGAUGGGAACCAGACAGUAUGGAAUUGAGGCGAAAAGCACAAAAAAGGACUCGCAAAGAAGAAAAUGCAGACAGACUACAUCAUUGCAACUAGGAAUGCGGAUUUGCGGAAUGCAGGUGUGGGAUCUCAAAAGACAGACCUACAUAAACAGAGAUAAGUACUUUGGUAGGCGGGUCAAAGCAGGCGAAGAGUUAGUGAGAUCAUUGUCAAGAUUUUUGUAUGAUGGUGUUCGCCUUUACUCAAUUGUGAAGCAUCUUCCAAGACUUAUAAAAAGUUUGGCAGAGCUCGAAUCGAUAUUUCAGCAUCUUGAUAAUUAUAGAAUGUACGGAUCAUCCAUUCUUCUGAUGUAUGACACAGCCCGGGACACAAAGGACGUUCAGUCUACAUUAAUUUUGCGGAUGAUAGAUUUUGCACAAUGUGUAAUCGGUACUGAGCCACUUCCUGAAAGUACCACCUUCCCUCCAAAUCACAAAGGUCCUGAUUUCGGUUAUCUCCGGGGACUUCACUCUUUGAGGUUUUACUUCAGGUUGAUGUUUGAACAAUAUACGGGGUACAAGUACGACAGUUACACUAAUGCAUUGAAAAUUCUUCAAAAUGUUUGCACGGACCCAAACUCUCCUGUAAACAGGUCCUGCGAUUGGUUGGAUACCUUUGAUGAGGAUAAAGAUUGUCCGUACAAAUUUGAUCAAGUCCCUGGGAAUGACGGGAAAAUAGACGAUGAUGUAGUUUCAGAUUGA